AUGUCAUUAUUUCAGGCAUUUGUUUCACGAUAUGAUCUGCUUAAAUUAGAACCAACCUACCACGCAUUUGAUUUUGCUUUUAAAAGUAUAGAUAAUAAUACUCUUAUUUCGACUUUUUCUAUUAAUUCAACAUUGCCAAAAGGAACUGUUGGACCUAAAGGUGUAAAAAUUGAAAGUUUACAACUUUGUAGUGGUAGUAUCUGGAAACAAGGUCUAAUAAACGAUUAUAUACAAUAUUUGGGUUGGGGUGUUAAUGUCGAAGAAAAAGAUGCAAGAAUCUAUGUUUAUGAUACCAGAACUAGUGAACCAUAUUAUAAUGCAUAUUUUGUUACAAAUGGUAAAUUUGUAACUCCUGUAGGGCGAGAUGAAUGUAAAUCGACUAAUGGAUUGUGGUCUGCUCCACUUUUACCUAAAAAUAAAAAUAAGAUAUCAACUGCAGGUUUUAUUGGGAAGAAUAAAGUAGAAGAUAAAGGUACCGGAAUUCCUUAUAUAGCUGGAAAAUUAAAAAGUAUUUCUAUAAAAUCUGAAUUAUUAUUAGCAUCUUUGGAAGAAUCAAGAUUUGAUAAAUCUGAAAUUGGUGUAAAAUAUCUUUUGAUGGAAGGUGGUGAAGAAUAUUUAAAACAUAAAAAAAGUUGUGUUAUUUGUUGA